CGAAUGGACUACAACCACCUAACAUUCGUAUUUAAGAUCAGCUGUGGGAGUAAGCACACAUUUUGCCAGAAUUACUUUUCACAAAAAUGAAUCCUCCACAUUCAGUGGGACAUGGACAGCAUCCUGCAGACCACACAAGACCGUUUUUCUAUGUACAGCCGUCUCAACCUUAUUUCCCAUACCAUUGGCACAUGCAAAAUCCUUGUAAUCCAUAUAUGGGCUUUCCUGGUUCAGGUUACAAUUAUGGGUGUCAGUAUUUACCCCCCGACCCUUAUGCAGAGCUUCCUGGAUAUAUUGUCCCCCAUGCUCAAUUGCAUCCAGCAGAUUCUAGAAGAAUGUUUACUCCCCACUUUCCUCCUACCAUGGCUUAUCAUGCUAGACGAUUUCGAUAUCAGCAGAACACCAUGCAUAGGGAGACUACCAGCUCCGAGGUGCAGACUGAACCCAAUGGAUUGUUAAACAACUCUGAGCAUUCAGGCAGUACUGAAACAUGCAAUGCAGGCCAGGGACAGAGAUCAGAUUCUGGGUUGGGAACUAAAGAGACUAAUUCCCCAAAUUCUGCAACCCAUUCUGAGGGUCAGAAGCAAAGUGUACAAGAUAAGGAAGCAAGUCCUUCAAAGUCCAGGGGUGCAACUCCAAACAGCUACGUCUUCCAGAAGGAGGAAGUGAGAAUAGAAUGUACGGACAUGCCAACAGCACUUAAGAUUUUUAGGUCUCGUAAGACGACAUCUGAAUCUACCCAAAACAGGUCAAAUGACCUGGUUCAGUGUGAUGUUUGGUCUGUAAGUUCCACAGAAGGUGUUCUACCCCUUUAUAGUUCUUCUGUUCAUGAAGGCAGUGCAGUGCCAAAUACUGACUGUCCAGAGGAACGUGAGCAAUGUGUGCGUGUCUUUCCGGACGUGUUACUACUUGGAGCUCCGCCAUCAGGUAAUGUUCCUACUCUUGUAGAGAAAAAGAGGAGUGUUGCUCAUGGAUGUAUAAGCAGACCAGAAAAUGCAUUACAACAGGGUCAGCUGGUUGAACAGGACAGAACUGUCCCAAACAAGCUUACUGAUGAGAAAAGUAUGGAAAGGAAUGUGGGAGAAAAGGGAAGCUGUCAGAUAAACCCAGUUCAAAAUGUUUGCUGUGAAAUACUCAAAUUGCCAAAUACAGUAGAACAAUUGGAAAGAGUUAAUGAGUCUGUAUGGUCAGUUGAGACAUUGGCCCCUUACUUCCCUCCUGUCGGAUCGUUACUUCACCAAGGUGUUGAGCUGAACUGUGAAAGUGUAUCUAAAAAUCCCUCUCUUGAGAAGAUGCCUGAAGUGGAUCGAGAAAACAAUGUAAAUCAAAAACAGUCUUUGUCCUGUGAUGAGGCAGAGUUCAAAAUUGUGAAAUUGCCCUUUGAGCAACAAAUUGCAACAGGAAAAGAGCAACAUGAUGUAUCCAUAUGGUCAGUGGAAUCACUACCUACAUAUGUUCCUGCUGCAAGCUGGCUAUCUGAUUUUGGGAAUUUAUAUUUUUACAGCAAAUUACCACAGGCAGCACAGCAACUUCAAAGUGCUCCCUGUGCCUCUGCAGAUCACCUUUCCUCGAGAGAAAAAGAGAUCUCGGAAUGUGAAUGUGCUUCUCAUGGCUUAGUGUCCAGUUGUGCAUACAAGGAAAGGCAAAAUAGAAAAGCAGAAUUUCAAGGUAAUACAGACAAUGAAAAAAGUUGUAAAUGUUGUUUUUAUAAGAAUAUGUCAGACCCGAAAGAGGAACUGGGAAUUAGAAAUUGCACCCACUGUUUGUCAAAAUUAAACUUGCACGAUUAUAAGAAGUCUAAGACUGCAAAGGAUACACGAAAAAGCAGCAAACUGUCCUGUCUGACUUCAGCUGAUCGCAAUAAAGAAACUUGUGAAGCCUGUAAAUGUGCUUUGUUAAAAGGUGUGAAGAAAAAUAAAGGUCCAGGAUCUAAAAUCAAGGACCAUCGCAAUGAAGAGAAUCCAAGUGAGGAGACGACAGAGGAUGAAGGUGGCGUUUCACAAAUGCCAAGAAAAAGCAUGUCAAGGAAGGUUGCUUGUGUAAAUAAGGCAACCUAUCAAAUGAGACUGUCUGAGCCUUGCCCUGUUGCUAGGCAGUUUCCAAAGAAAAAAGCAAGGAAAAGCUCCUGUGAUGAAAUAAAGUGUGUGUCUCAUCACGAUGCCCAAGAACAAAGCCACCCUGAUGUAGUUAAGGAAUGUUAUGAAGAGUGUGCAACCAUGUUGAAACCAGACAAAUGUAAAGGUCCAGAGAAAAAGAAUAUUACCAAACAAAUUCAAACUGAGCGGCAUCUCUGGAAAAAGGUUCCCCGCUGGCCAGGUGUGUACCAGAGGCCUUGGAGAGAUGAAUGUGAUGAAACUUCCGAGGGGGAGUUUCCAAGACCACACCGAGGAAGAGGAUACAGCAAAAGAGGCACAAGAUACUGAGUUGUUCACUGUUGCACUUGUUAAUAAAAAUGACACUUUUUUUAUAUAGACUGUAAUGAAUUACA